CCAAGGAACAAUGGCAACAGUUGUAGUAUAAAAGCGUUUGACAAUGCAGUGUAAUUUCAGCAGAUCCAUCUUCCUCAUCUAGCAACCCACAUCCCACAACUUUAGCGAACAACAUGCAUUUUACGGCAUCCUCAGCUAUCAUUGUACUAGCAGUUUGCAUGGCAUCGACUAUUGAUGCUAGUAAGCUUCCAGUUACUAAAAUGAUGUCUCAAAGAACGAUGAUGCAUCGUCCAUCGUCACAGACUAACAUCAACAUCAACGAGAAUGAUAACGAAAACUACAAUUUUCUCUUCAGCUCACUUAUUUCUGAACUGCUUGCCAACAUGAGCCAGGACUCAGACCAAGAUCCGUGUGAUAGCGACGAUGACGACGAUUCUUGCUUUUGGAAUAUCAUUACAGCUAAUCUUCUCGCGAAAUCAGCAAAGACUGCCAAGAAAACUGAAAAAAAAGUUAUUGCUGAUGAUGGAACUGACAAGCCAAUCCUCGAAAAAGUUAUGGAUGAUUCCAAAAGCCUUCGAUCACGCCAUGGUUCUGGCCCCAGCAAUUUUAAUUUCAACUCCAACAGCAACGAAAAUACCAACAUUGAUAUCAGUUCCGCCUUCGCAUCUUUGCAACAGUUCUUGAAGAACAAGAACAGGAAACUUGCCAAGGCCACCGUCAAGAAAGAUUAAAACAAUUAUGGCAAUUACGACAUGGACUUUGGCAAUGGACAAUCGAAAUCAGCGACACAAUUUUCUUUUUUUCUUGAUUAGGAAUAUUGCAAUGAAUGGUUCCAGAGGAGUUUCAAAUAAAAGCAACAAAUUAUAGAAUUAU